AGACAGAGCCAGAGAGAGUUAACAUAAAGAUAAUAAAUGGGUUGGAAAGGGAUUCUGGGUUUUGAAUAUGGAAUUGUUCAGCGGCCAUUGGGACCUUAUAUUUCAGGUCCAGAGCUUGUAGCUGCGGUUGCUAAUGCUGGUGGGCUUGGUCUCUUAAGAGCCCCUGAUUGGGAAUCACCAGAAUACUUAAGGGAGCUAAUAAGGAAGACCAGAGCAUUAACGGACAAACCGUUUGCGGUUGGUGUUUUUCUGGAAUUCCCCCAUGAAGAAAAUAUAAAGGCUAUAUUGAAAGAGAAAGUUGCAGUUUUACAAAUUUCAUGGGGUGAAUGUUCAAAGGAGCUUGUACACGAAGCUCAUUGUGCUGGUGUAAAAGUUGUUCCCCAAGUCGGGAGUUUCGAAGAAGCAAGAAAAACAAUUGAAGCAGGUGUACAUGCGAUUAUUGUCCAAGGACGUGAGGUAUGAAUUCCUUUAGGUUUCAUAAGUUUAAUAUUGUUUCCAUUUUCAAUGAAAUUGAAAAAAGUAAUAGCUGCUACCAGCAGGAUAUUAAUUACAAUGUGAUUUGAUUUUGCAUCCGUUACAUGUUUUAUGUCUGAAUUUAUAGGAAAUAGUUUGUCUUGACUCUUUCUCUGACAUUUAGAUUUCUCAUUUGGUUAAGGAAAGGAAACGCAUAUAAUAGAUUUGUGUUUUUUGAUGGUCAAAGGGCACCCACUACCAGUCUUUUCCUUUGAUGAAUGAAGUGAUUCUACUUCUAUUUUAAGUCACAAAGACAGCCGCCUGAUUGUAUGAUACGUAGUUGGUUGAAGUUUUGAUCAAGCUGGUUGACAGAUAUAUUCUUGGGAGGUAUAAAAAGAAAACUCACUAAA